GUUUUCUUAUCGAUAAUGUCGAUAGCGAGCGUCUGCUUACGAUGAACGAAUGACACAUGAUCAUGAAUAAGCUCGUUCGGAUAGCCAUCCAUCGACUCGGCACGCUCACGCCCAUCGUCCACACACAUACACACACAUGAAUGCAGGCAGGCAAGCUAUACACACGCGCGCAACACAUACACACAGACACACAGACACAGCAGGGAGGCAGGCAAAGCCAUCCAUCCAACCAUCCAUAGUGUCGGCACGGCACGUCAAUCUGGACGCCAUUCUCUGUCUGUCGUAGCACGUUGAAAAAUCAGAGAGAAACCAUCACUCUGCACACACACAGCCACACCCGACACACACGCACGAGGCGAUGAUAAAUACUUACCGAUCGGCUGUGAAUGAAUGUGAUGUGCGACAUAUGUACAAUGGCGUGUGUCUGUGUGGGUGUAUGUUGUGGGCCGUGCGUGCAGUGGCGGCUUCUCUCCGUAUGCAUCGUAUCAGUCAAGCCAGCGAUAGAUAAAAGGGCAAAAAGGGCACACACAUCACAUCAGCAGGUAGGCAUGCAGUGGGUCUCUGAGAUAACAAAUGCAGCGAGCGGAGGCGGGCUGAGCUGGCCAGGCCAGGUCUCGCCAGGCCUCCACUCAUGUGGUUAUGAUCAACCAACCGGCAAAAAGUGAUCAAUCAGUCAAUCGAUACAGGCGAUGGAUGGAUGAGACGUGUGUGCGAUGAAGGCAUGGCAUGCAGACAGUCGUACGACUUCGUAUAUUUGUGUAUGUGUGUGUAUGGUACACUUCACUCUCUCCCUCACUCAUCCACAUGAAGGCGGGCAUGAACACACACACGUACCCACGAGUGUCUGUGGUGUGUGUGGUGUGUGCUGUGUGUGUGCACCACUGUGCAAUGAUAUGACGCCAUGUCAGUCCCUCAGCAAGUCGUCCGUCAGGAAGUCGGUCCUAUCACCCCACCCCCGCCACGCCACGCCACAAGACCCACACACAACAUACGCACACACACAGAGAGUGUUAAACAGGUAAAAAAGAGCGGGGGGAACCGUCCCCCGCGCAGCGCACGUCAGUCAACAUGCAUAACUUGACAAGAACUGAGCAGCAAAAACGAUCGAAUCAGUCAGUCGACAUCAAUCAAGUAGGUGCACCGUUCGGGUGUCUGUCGGCAGCGAUGCUUAGACGGUCGUCUGUGCGGUGUCGCUGGCUGGUUUGCUUGGCUUACUCCGGUAUCUCUCUCUCUCUCUCUGUGUGUGUGUCCCUCUCUCUGUGUGUCACCGGUAGGUGAAAAUACACACAUCCACAACAGCUGUCUGCUCCCCAUCCAGUCAAGUAGGCGGACUGUACACAAUCCAUCCAUCCGUCCACCAUCCAUCCUACAGCUGCGGUGGGUUUCAGUCAUUCGCCAUUGCCUCUUCCCAUGUGUCCAUUCAUUCGGUCGGUCAGUCGGUCGGCCGGUCGGUCGGUCGUUCCGGCAGGCAAGCAGGCAACACCCAAGGUGCGGACAGACCACGCCACGCCACGGCACGGCAGCCACAUCGGUCAGUCAGUCAGUCAGAUAGCAUUGCAGAGUGUCUAUCCACAUAGAUGUACGUGUGUGGGUGUGGUGUGUGGGCGUGGACCAGCAAACGAGGGGAGGGAGGGGAGGGAAAAGGAAAAAAUCUCGAGACAGACAGACAGACAGAUGAAUGGAUGGAUGGGUGGAUCGAGAUCGAUCAGUCGGUCGGUCGCUCGAGCAAUUAAGUAGAGAGAGAGAUAGAUGGACGGAUGACGGACGAGUCCGUUCGUUAGAUCACAGCGCACUAGCUAGUGGACAGAUGAGAUGAGACGAGAUGAGAUGGGUGAGUGAGGACAACCAACCGACCAGACAGACAGACAGGCAGGCAGGCAGGAGGGCAGGCAGAGCGUCUCUCUCCAUGGCGGGUGGGUGACGCUGCUAUAAUACAGCCAGCCGUGUUUUACGUGGUACCAUAGCAAGGCGAUGAGCCAGCCAGCAGACCAUCUCUCUCUGUUCGGUUCUUCCUCUCCUCCCUUCUGGCUUAUCGAUUUGAGACGGACAGGCAGACAGACAGACAGACCAGCCAGGCAAGAAACGACCCUAUUAUCACUCUCCUCCCCACAUCAACAGGCAGGCAGUCAGUCGAUUCAAAGAAACAGCAAACCAAGACGACAGACAGACCUCGUCCAUGGAUGCGCUUGACGGCGGGGCAUGGGUAUGUGUGUGUGCGGCUGGUCGGCUGCUCAGUGGACCGACGGCAGCUGCACCUCUGUUGGAGUGGGGCACACCUCACGGCUGAAGUACUUGGCCUGCGACCCCUGCACACACACCCACACAAACAGGCAGACAGUGAGUCUAUGCCGAUGGAUGGCCUGGCUGGCUGCCGUGUGUGUGUGUGUGUGUGGCUGGUUUGUUUGUACGUUGAUGCUGUGGAGAGUCAUGGCGAUGCUGAGGUCCGCUGCGGCGUCGCGCAUCUUCCGCAGACACUUACGGGGCGAGAAGGCAGCUCGGUAGGUCUCGCCAGCCUGGGGGCUGCAUGCCAUGCCAUGGCACCCCACACCACACAGUACACACACGUGUGCAGAGGAGGUCCUUUCUUCUCACCGGAGUGAUUUGGUCUCCUUGAGGACGACGCACGGCCGCGAGUGGGGGGAGGUCAUGCUGACCUGCACGCCGAUCUUCAGAGAGGCGAUCGAGGGGCUCUCAAAACUGAUAGAUGACACACACAGAGACGCAGAGAGAGAGAGAGACGACAUGAGCAGACACGCAAUGACAAGCAGCUCACAGACAGGAAGGCAAGGCAUGUAUGGAGAACGUGUGUAAGGAUGCAUAUAUCUAAUCAGCCAGCCACUCAGUCAAGUGCAGGCGCAGAUCAGUCAUGCGUGUCACGGCCCCCCCCCCCCCCCGCCACCGCCCCGCCCCCUCCUCCCCUCCGCCGAGCUCUGCCGGGCCGCCACACAGUAAGCGCUUGCCGGCCGGCUGUCGUCAUGCAUCGAUGAAUGAACGAUAAUCGGACAAUCGGGGGGCACAAUCUUAUAAGGCACUGACAAGUUCUAAGGCAUUUCCCACCCUUGCAAUGCACUGCUGCCUCGGUACACCACCACAGGGUACUCACGCGCCUCGACGAGACGCCGAUCCACCUGCUGCCGCCCGUCGCCGUCGUCGGCCGUCUGCUGACGAUGCUUGCACUCGCCGUGCUCGAGCUUGAUGUGUCGCUGGGCAACCAGGGCCACCUGGGUGUUGUAGUUGCGGUGCACGAGGGCGUGAAGCGUCUUGGGAGGGGGGGCUGGCAGCAGGCCGAAGUAGGUGGAGGGAGGAGGGGGCAGGAAGGACACGACCGUGACAGCAGGGGCGGGCAAGGCCAGAGCAGACGUGCCAGUGCGGGCUGGCGAUGGCAGAGCUAAGUGGUAGGUGCGGCCCACAAAUCUGCCGCUGGCUGACAGCUGACGCCGUGCAGGUGGUGGUGGUGGUGGCAUGAGCAGUCCAGUAUGGGUGUGUGUGUGGUGUCCGUGUCGUGUUUGUCUUGUCUUCUUGUGUGCUUGUGGGUGGACUGACAGGAUGUCGAGCGAUGCGUCUUCGUGUGGUCUGCGGCCGGAUGGGUAGAGCUCCAGCCGGACGGGCGAUAUGCCCGACAGACUGGUCGGCUGCGAUAGCAACAACUUGCCCACACCGUAGGUCUGCUGCUUCUGCAACUCACACACACACACACACAAACAAACACGGGAAGGAUGGCGGAUGCAGUGUGUUGGGAUGUCCUCUUGAUUCUCUGACCUCUUGGAAGUCAGCGAUGGUCCAGGUCAGGGUUUUGGCGUCACAGUUCUUGAGCUGGGUGAGCUUGGCAUUCUGCUCACGCAACGCCUUAGCCAAACGGUCAAUCUCCUCCUGCAAAGCCUGCAAGAACACACACACACACACACACAUGAAUGAGACAGAUGUACCCAAGUGUCCCGUAUCCCAUCGGCAUACCCGCCGCUGAAGCUCCUCAAGGCGACGUUUCUCCUCGUCCAUGCGCGAGGCGUUGCGGAAGUUGGCGCUGGCCUGCUUCCCGUGCCGACGGACCGACUCAACCUUAGUAGUCACCACCUUCGCUGUCUCGCCGACGGCCUUACCCUUGCCCUUGCCGUUGACCUCCUCGCCGUCUGCUGUCUUGCCGGCGUCAUGCUUGCUGAGGAUGGUCUGGUUGAGGUACUGCCCCACACACAUCUCGAGGUUCUCCUUCUGAGCCGCCAGGGAGGACUCGUUGAUGACCGGCUGCGGCGGGCUCGCCUGGUCGUUGUCGGCGCCCGGUGUGCGCGUGUAUGAGACCAUGAGUGUGGCGUUGCCCAUCAGGCUGGGAGCCAGGGAAAGGGACAGCGGCACCAAGACAGCCUCGUACUUCCCGGGGCUGCCCUUCUUGGCAGAGAAGGGCCGGUCCUCCCACCUCAGCUCCAUCUCCUCAGCAUACGAUCCGCGCUUGCACGUGGGUGGGAGGCCGCCGUCAGCCUUGACAUUGCCGCUGCUGCUCUUACUGCUGCUGCUGCCGCCACUGCAGGCGUGGCAGUGCUUCUCAUGCGAGGAGAGAGGGUACGACAGCAGAUGGGGCGCUGGCACGUGUGCCGGGCGGGGGAGGGCGGCGUGGUCGCUGAAGGGGUAGAAGCCGCUGAACGCCGACCGCGUGUGCAUGACCGUGGGCUGGCUGACAUUGAGGAAGAACAGCGGCACCGUGGUGUCCUCCGGCUGCUUGCUGAUGCGCUUGAGGUCGUUGGCGAGGUGGACGAGGGGCAGCUGGUCGGCGGGCGAGAGUGAGCGCGCGAGGUUGGAGAGGUCAGUGGCCUUGGUGUGGAUGGCUUCGUGUGUGGUCUGCAGUUCCUGCUCGAGGAGUGCGAUGCGUGAGCUGAGGUUGGCGUUGCGCUCGCGCUCGAGGGCGAUCUCGGCGCGGAGGGCCGCCGACUCGUGCGAAUGGCUCGAAUGGCUCGACACAAACGCCUUUUCACACACACACACACACACGUAAACACCCGCAUGGACGUGUCUGGCAGUGUGAUGGCGGACGUGUGUGUGUGUGUGUGUCGCGUACCAUUUGACUGAGUGCGAGGCAUACGAUAGCGAUGCCGACGACCUUGAGUGCCUGGGAGACCAUGCUCCUGACCUUGGGGUCCAUGCCCCCCCACACGCCCUCCAACCACUGACGCACCUCAGCAAUGCCCUCGCCCUCAGUCAAACGGUCAACAGCCAGCCGCAGCGGAGCCGCCAGGCGGGCAGCCGCCUGGUGGCCAGUGGCGGUGCUGCUGGUGGUGCUGCUGGUGUUGGGCUGUUUGUCGCGCGGCGGGAGGAAUGCCGGCCGCUUGGCUCCACCACCGGGGUGGUAUGACUGCGUGAGAUCGUCCCAUCCGGAGACGUCGUUGAUGCGGACGGUGAUCUUCUCGCGUGCGGCGGUGGCUGCCUUGAGGAAUGCCGGGUAGCUCUCCUUGGUCAACACGACCGCAUCCAGAGUGUCGAUCACACCUGCAGGCACCGGACAGACAGACAGCAACCAUGUGUGCAAAAUUGAGGCGAACAGCAGCAACAAGGAAGCCAGGUGAACAAAGCUGUCUGCCCUUUGCGCAGCCAGCGUACGUACGUACCCGUGACUGAGAUUUGCUUGGGCGUGUAGCGCUUCCCCUCGCAGACCUGCUGCUCGAGCUCGCCCAGCGUCUUGGGCAGCUGCGGCAGGCGGCUCACACCCAUGUCAGCAUUGACAACCUUGAUGGGCACGGGCAUGAUUGACACAGCACAAGGGGGCAAUACCGAUAUGUACGGGCGACGGUCAGAGGGCGGGCGGGCCUGCCUUGUGCGAAAUCGGGUUGGGAGGGGAUGUGCGGCCGGGCGAGGGCAGGAGGUGGGCUCAGCAAAGGGAGAGAGGGAGGCUGAGAGAGAAGGGCAGUCACAAGCGGGAUGGAGCCGGGCGAGCGAGAGGCGUCAGCCGAAUGGCAAACAGGCAACACAGGCGGGCAAUGCCUGCCGUACUCAGCACCUGCGAACGCAACAACCCACGUC